UCGUUCUCCCCCAACAGAUUGGCACUGCAAAAUUGACUCAGAACGAGAAACUCAAAUCUAGGGUUGGCUUCUCGGCGGCGUGCAAUGGCGAGUGUGUACAUACCGGUUCAGAAUUCAGAAGAAGAAGUGAGGGUUGUUCUCGAUCAGCUCCCUCGUGACGCCUCCGAUAUCCUCGAUAUCCUCAAAGCCGAACAAGCUCCUCUCGAUCUCUGGCUCAUCAUCGCGAGAGAGUACUUCAAGCAAGGAAAAAUUGAUCAGUUCCGUCAAAUAUUGGAGGAAGGGUCAAGCUCUGAUAUUGACGAGUACUAUGCUGAUGUUAAGUACGAGAGGAUAGCAAUCUUGAACGCUCUCGGUGCCUAUUACAGCUACCUUGGUAAAACCGAGACUAAACACAAAGAAAAAGAAGAUUUUUUUAUCAUGGCUACACAGUACUACAACAAAGCGUCCAGGAUCGAUAUGCAUGAACCUACCACUUGGGUUGGGAAAGGUCAGCUCUUACUGGCUAAGGGUGAAAUAGAUAAUGCAUUUCAGGCGUUUACGAUUGGGUUAGGCAAUUCUGAUAACGUUCCUGCUCUUCUGGGCCAGGCUUCUGUGGAAUUUUACCGUGGACGUUUUUCUGAGUCAUUGCAACUGUACAAGAGGGUCUUGCAAGUACAUCCCGGCUGUCCUGCUGCUGUGAGACUGGGAAUUGGUCUUUGUCGUUAUAAAUUGGGACAACUAGAUAAAGCACGGCAAGCGUUUGAUCGCGUUUUGCAGGCAAAUCCUGAUAAUGUUGAAGCUCUUGUGGCACUUGGGAUCAUGGAUUUACAAGCAAAUGAUUCUUUAGGAAUGAGGAGAGGAAUGGAGAGAAUGCAGCAAGCGUUUGAGAUUUAUCCCUAUUGCGCAUCAGCCCUGAAUUAUUUAGCCAACCACUUUUUUUUCACCGGCCAGCACUUUCUCGUUGAGCAGCUGACUGAAACGGCGCUAGCUGUCUCAACUCAUGGGCCAACAAAGUCACAUUCCUUUUACAAUUUAGCACGGUCAUAUCAUAGCAAGGGGGACUAUGAAAAGGCUGGGAUGUACUAUAUGGCAGCCAUCAAAGAAACUAACAAUAAGCCACAAGAAUUUGUAUUUCCCUACUUUGGUUUGGGUCAAGUACAACUGAAGUUGGGGGAGCUUAAAGGAUCAGUGUCCAACUUUGAGAAAGUAUUAGAAGUCUACCCUGACAACUGCGAGACUCUGAAGGCUCUCGGACACUUAUACACUCAGCUUGGAAAAACUGAGAAGGCUCUUGAGUACAUGCGGAAGGCCACAAAACUUGAUCCACGUGAUGCUCAGGCAUUUGUUGGCCUUGGUGAGCUGCUGAUAUCAUCUGACACAGGGGCUGCACUUGACGCCUUCAAAAUGGCACGGACGCUCAUGAAAAAGGGAGGACAAGAAGUGCCUAUAGAAGUCCUGAAUGACAUUGGUGCUUUACAUUUUGAGAAAGAAGAAUUUGAGUCUGCGCUCGACAAUUUUAAGGAGGCUCUGGGAGAUGGAAUAUGGAUUAGCUUCCUUGAUGAAAAAGAAAAAUUAGAAGAGACAGGGGUGUCUGUUCAAGGGUACAAGGAUACUGGAAUUUUCCAUAGGCUGAUUGAAAAUGGUCACUCUGUCGAUGUACCUUGGAAUAAAGUCACAACCUUGUUUAACAUGGCUAGAUUACUUGAGCAGUUACACAAAACUGAAACAGCCACUUUUCUGUAUCGGUUGAUACUUUUCAAGUAUCCUGGCUACAUAGAUGCUUAUUUGAGGCUUGCUGCGAGUGCCAGAGCUCAGAACAAUCUUCCUCUAGCUAUUGAACUGGUGAAUGAAGCUCUGAAGGUGGACGAUAAAAAUCCAAAUGCUUUGUCUCUGCUUGGUGAAUUAGAGCUUAAAAAUGAUGACUGGGUUAAGGCAAAAGAAACCCUUCGAGCUGCUAAUGAUGCGACUGAUGGGAAGGAUUCAUACGCUAUUCUUUCCCUGGGAAACUGGAACUACUUUGCAGCAAUGCGCAAUGAGAAAAGAAAUCCAAAAUUAGAAGCUACACAUCUGGAGAAGGCCAAGGAACUUUAUACUAAAGUCCUGACUCAACAUAGUUCCAACAUGUAUGCUGCCAACGGUUCUGGCAUUAUAUUAGCAGAGAAAGGACAAUUUGAUAUUGCCAAGGAUAUUUUCACUCAGGUUCAAGAAGCUGCAAGCGGAAGUGUGUUUCUUCAGAUGCCUGAUGUAUGGGUGAAUCUGGCUCAUGUGUACUUCGCUCAAGGGAAUUUCGCCUUAGCCGUGAAAAUGUAUCAAAACUGCUUGCGGAAGUUCUUUUACAACACAGACUCUCAAAUUCUUCUUUACUUGGCCCGUACCCACUACGAGGCUGAGCAUUGGCAAGAGUGCAAAAAGACACUGUUAAGGGCCAUUCAUUUGACUCCUUCGAAUUAUACAUUCAGAUUUGAUUUGGGUGCUGUAAUGCAGAAAUCAUCAUCUUCCACACUACAAAAGAAAAAGAGAACAGCUGAUGAGGUGCGCUCAACAGUGACAGAAGCAGAGAACGCUGUUCGCGUAUUCACUCAGUUGUCUGCUGCUUCAGAUCUACAUGUUCAUGGGUUUGAUAGUAAGAAAAUACAAACCCAUGUUCAAUAUUGCACACACCUGCUAGAAGGAGCAAAAGUUCACCGUGAAGCUGCUGAGCGUGAGGAGCUGCAGAACCGGCAGAGACUAGAAGUUGCUCGUCAGGCUGCCUUGGCAGAAGAAGCACGCCGUAAAGCUGAAGAACAUAGGAAAUAUCAGUUGGAGAAAAGAAAACAGGAAGACGAACUGAGACGACUGAAGCAAGAAGAAGAAAAAAUUCAACGCAUAAAGGAACAAUGGAAGAGCAACACACAUGGAUCUCAUAAGCGUAAGGAAAGAGCUGAAGAUGAUGAUGGGGAAGGUAGGCCGAGUGAGCGGAAAAGAAAGAAAGGUGGGAAGAGAAGAAAGAAGGACAAAAGCUCAAGGGCUCGACAUUACGAGGACGAUGAUGAAGAAGCAGCUACUAUGGAUGAAGUGGAAGACGAAGACGCCAACACUAAUUAUAACAGGGAAGAGGAGAAUCAAGAAGCUGAGGAGCCUGUGGAUGACGAUGAUGCUCAUGAUCUUCUUGCUGCUGCGGGGCUUGAAGAUCCUGAUGCUGAUGAUGAGGUACCUGCUUCUGUUGCGAGACGAAGAAGGGCACUUUCUUCAUCAGAUGAAGAAGGUGAAUUGAUGGAGGGUCAUCCAAAUUCAAGCCCCCAGAAAGAGAAUUCUCCAGGAAGGCAAGAAGAGAGCAAUGUGGAAGAAGAAGAUGAUGCUAACUUGAACGAUGAGGAGUAGAGAUCUUUCAUACUUAACAGAUCUCUGUGUUUGUAACUUUAGUGAUAAAGAUUCUCUAUUGAUUGUCUUUAUUCCAAUUUUCCUAGGACUCGCAAGUGUGAGAACAAAUAACAUUCACAUGCCAAGAAUCAGUUUCAUAAAUGAGAGGAAGCAAAGCAUAUCAGACGAAUUUGAUUUAAA